CUUCGCUUCCGGUAAAGCCUCCUUUUCGGCAGCGGCUAUUUCCUCGCCAACAUGCCACUCGCAAAAGACUUGUUGCACCCAUCCCCUGAGGAGGAGAAGAGGAAGCACAAGAAGAAACGUCUGGUUCAGAGCCCCAACUCUUACUUUAUGGAUGUAAAAUGUCCAGGAUGCUACAAGAUCACGACAGUGUUCAGCCACGCUCAGACAGUCGUGCUGUGUGUUGGCUGUUCCACGGUCCUGUGUCAGCCCACUGGAGGCAAAGCGCGUCUCACAGAGGGGUGCUCGUUCAGGAGGAAGCAGCACUAGUUGUCCUUGGAGCUGAAAGAGAGAGGAGGGGAUGGACCGGUUGAUACCAGCUUCUCUGGGCUCCGAGGCAACGGCAGAGCCUGCGGUCGGAUUUGAAACGAAGACUUGACUGGACAGCAGAUGGAUUUUCAAUGUUCAUGUUGACGGAUCGGUUGUUGCUGCAACUCCACCCUCCAACCCUGUCUCUCUAAAUAAAAUGUUUUGGCUAAAGGAA